CCACUGCCUCCCUGAUUACUGUCUGCGUUGAGAUCGGACGCGGCUCCCAGAGGCUAACGCAACCCCAGGGACAGGGUGCGAGUGUCACAGCUGGGCCCAUCAGGGCUGCCAGCUCAACCCCAGUUUCCAUAAUCCUGGGCCUGACGUGGGGACACGAACCUGUCAAACCUCCACGGGAUCACUGGGAAUUCUGAAGUAAUCAACAGACUGAAUAUGCGACUCCUCCAUCGGGCUCCAGGCCCCACGUCAGUGUUCACCCUGGAGGAGAUGGAGGCCCUGCUGCUGCUGGCCCUCUCCAUCCUGACCGGUGCUGGCUGCCAGGACUGGGGGGUGACCCUGCCCGUGGGCCCCCUGGCUGGAUGGAGCGGCUCAUGCGUGACAAUCCCUUGCUCUUACACCUACCCCGAGGGGCAGCUCGUCAGAGCCGUGACCUGGAGCCGGGACAAGGAGAGAAUUGUGCAGCUCACCGCAACAGCCGGGCAGGGCUAUGACAGGGCCAAGCGCGCCCAGUUCCUGGGGGACCUGCAGCACAACUGCACCCUGCGCCUCAGCCCGCUGGCGCUCGGAGAUGGGGGCGCCUACUCCUUUGAGUUCCAGACCCAAAGCCAAAGCUGGAGAAGUCCCCAAGCCGUGUGCCUCACGGUGUCAGAACAUCCCUGCAGGGUCCAACAUAGCAUGUCUAUGUUCCCCGGAGUCCUGAGCGGCAGCACGGACUGCUCCAUCUCCGAGCGCUGCGCCUCCUCCGGCCUGUAUUGGUACGACAGAGCCGGCACACAGAUCCUGCAGGAAACUGGGAAAAGCAAAAGCAGCCUGAGCAUGCACAUCAUCUGGCAGCACCGGGGGGCAGUGCUGGAGUGCCGGGUGCGGGGCUACCGGAAUAGCUGCUUCCCCAAAGGGUCCCAGCCCCCUGCCACAGGCCGGCCUCACCCCCUGAAGGUCCUGGUGGACACAGACGGCCCAGGCCCGAUCAGGGAGGGCGACUCGUUCACACUGAGAUGCGUGGGGGACAGCGGGUCGCUGGACCAGGUCUACUUCUGGAUUCACAACUACGAGCACCUGCCCGGGAGCUCCUCUCUGCAGAUUGAAGGGGCAGCCUUGUCUCAUGGGGGCAAUUACACCUGCAUGAAGUGGGUCUCCGACAUAGGGCGUGCCUACCUGGCCAUAUCCCCCACCACCUAUGUGGCCAUCCUUGCCCCCCCUGUGGUGCAUGUGGUGGCCACCCCAGGCCCUCAUCGCAGCACAGGAGAACCCCUGUCCCUGACAUGCCGGCUGGACACCAGCGCCUAUGGCGGAUUGGGCUUCUCCUGGUACAAGGAUGGCGAGCGACUGGGGUGGGCACAGGCGGAACUGGCUUUCCCGGGUGUCCAGGUGGCUGAUGGGGGAGAGUAUCAGUGUGAGGUGCACAACACCUUAGGGAAAUCCACCUCCCUGCCACUCACCAUCACUGUUGUGUAUGGCAGUGACUGGUACCAGCUGAGCCCUGGCCCCAUGGCAGGCUUCGGAGCAGGGGUCCUGCUGCUCUUCUUCCUGAGCAACCUCGGGGUUUAUUGUUUGGCCAGGAGAAUCCGCCAACGGAAAGAACUGGGAGGAAGUCUGCAGGGGGGCAGCAGAGAGGACCCCAGUGUCCCACAGAGAGACUCGCUCUAUGAGGAAAUCCCAUGUGCCGGGGAGAUUCCCUGCCCCUCGGACGACGAUGGCGACUAUUAUAACAGCCCCAAGGACUAUUGUAACUGAGCACGGCUGAGAUCCCUGCUGUCCACAGUCCCCUCCACGCCGCUACAACCCGAAUCUCGAUAAAAGUCCAUCGCUAACGCCCCAGGCAGUGUUCACCCUCCUCCAUGAGCUGGGGAAACCCAUGAGAACCCAGGCAUCCUGACUCCCAGCCCUCCUUCCACCUCGCAGCAGAGCCAAGCCCCAGGGCAGGCCCCACUUCGGCCACGGGAACUGGGCAUUUCUGGGGCAGUUUAAUUGUAGCGUCGAUUUUCCAGGCCGUGUUGGCUUUCGGGAGGCAGGUCAGCCUAGCAGAUAGAGAACAGAACUGGGAGGGAGGUGAUCUGGGGGUUUGCCUGCCCAUGGGCAACUCACAGCCCUGCUCCGUGCCUCAGUUUCCCUGUCUGUGCAAGAGGGGUAAUGAUCCUGCCUUCCUGUGUGUAGCACUUGGAGAUCUCUGCCCAGAAAGCGCCAGACAUGGGCAGGGUGUCGUUACCGACCCCACUGCUGUUUUCUUUCAGUUCCAGCCCCUUUCUUAGCUUUAACACAGUUUUCGUCAGGGAAUUGCCUUCGUUUUGUUUCUUGUGUAAGCAGUCAGGAUGAGCUCUACCCCGACAUCUGGUGGUGAAGUAUGGGGAGUGUGGAAAGGAAUUUCAGGUAUUUGCAUAGGCACACCCACCCCACCUAGCUUAGCCCACGGCAGCCUGGGAUGGUUAUUUUGACAGCUCUGGGAUCCCCAAUUUCUUUGUUAUUGGGGCAGGAGGAAUAAAGUGUUGUCACCCUGAUUAUGUGAAUGAGGAGCUAUGAGACUGCGGUAGGACAGAGAUGUCUCACUAUCCAUUAAGUAGCACUUGCUAGACAAGGGACAUGGGUGCCAAGACCCAAUGAAUUGAGAGAGGUUGGGGAUUUGUGUGUGCAUACCUGGUGGUAGGGGGCCUUCCUUUGAGGACCUAAAACAUCAAUUGCACUUCCUCCUUUCUCCACUGUUGAAGAGCAGAGCUAAUUUUGAAUCCUUUAGGAGUCCAUCUAAAGGCUGCUGAGCUGAAUUCAUGUUGGGCUAAUAAUGCACCAGCAGUAGGGCUCCUCUACUAUAAGCUGAAAUCACUAAAAGAGCUAAGCUUAUUGAGCUGCGAUCACUGAGUGUUGUGUUAACUAGUGGGGGAGCCUGAAGAUCUAUCACUAAGCAGCUGGCAGAGCAGUUUGCAGCAUGUUGGAGCAGCCCAUGGAACAGUGAGCGGAGUGGUUUGCGGGGAGGCUGACGUGGUUCAGGGGUCGGCUGGAGGAGUGGAGCCAGUUGUGGUGAAGGCUGCAGCAGAACUCCAUGGAGAGGCGGAGCAGUUGGUCCUGGCCCACCCUGUGUGUGCCCCCCCCCAUUUCCACCCAGGCUGGGGGGGGGCGGUAAAGCUCUGCAGAUAAACUGUUGAAUUCUGGGGUGGCACUCACCAGAGACAGAGACUUUUGGGUUGUUGGACUUUGGGGUGAUUGGACGUAAGACCCUAAGGGGGAAAGGACAUACCAAAUGUACUUGGA